AUGGACCUGUCUACGGAUACCACCGAGCACAAGGGCUCGGUGCAUCAUGACACGCAUGCUACGCCGCCACAAUUCAUUCAGAAAGAACAUUGGCGAUACCAAAGCAUGCGUAAAGCUGACCUAGAUACCGACCAAGACAUGUUUGAUCUCAGUAAACGCGACCAGUUUAGCGAAGAUCAUAAAGAUAUCUGGCGCCCUGCAGGCAUCAUCCCCGCGGCUCAGAUCGAAGCUGCUUGCCAGGCAUAUGCGAGGGGCAAACCACUCGCUGUACCUGCAAAAGAUGCGCAAAUCUUCGAACAUCGCGACUUUCCUGGCCUCCAAGUUAUAUCUGGACUUCUCCCACCUGAGACGCAAGUUCUCUUCACGUCGUGUCUUAUGCACAGAGAUCUGGCAGAUCCAGGCCAUAAGAUCAACCUCCAGGCGGAUUAUGAUAUCCCAUACCCUCCAAAACCCACAUCGGACGGACUGCGGUUCGACAGUAGUUUCUUUCUACGUCAGCGGGCAGCUCCAGAGGACUGCCUAAUGCCAAAGCUCUCGGACAAACUGAAACCUCUCAACAACGAGCAGUUCUUGUACACCAAGCUUCGUUGGCUAACACUCGGCGAACAAUACGAUUGGCCGACUCGCAGUUAUGCAAAGCAUGCAACGCCAUUCCCAGAGGAUUUGUCAAUGCUUGUGACUGGUCUCUUCCCUCAUAUUCGGCCCGAAUCUGGUGUGGUUUUGAUGUACUCAGCCAAAGACUUCAUGCCUGUGCAUCGCGACGUCAGCGAGCAGUGUCAGCGAGCGCUUGCAAGUUUCAGUGUCGGAUGCGAUGGCGUCUUCAUCAUGGCGCGAGGCGAGGAUGAUGGCGAAGGUGAGAACGCGCCUAGAAGUGUCGCUAUCCGAGUCCACAGUGGCGAUGUUGUGCAUCUGACCGGCGAUGCUCGCUGGGCGUGGCACGCGAUGGCGCGUUCGAUACCUAGCACAUGCCCAUCCUACCUUGCAGAUUGGCCGGCAGGUACACCAGGCUCUACAGCAGCUGAGGAGAAAGCCUAUAGAAAAUGGAAGGGCUAUAUGGGUACGAAGCGCAUCAAUGUCAGCUGUCGGCAGGUCUGGGAUUGA